AGGAUUACACAGAAUCCCAUUGGCGAGUUUCAGACAGCUAGGUUAUUCAAGAAACUUGGAAUACCAACUCCAAUGCUUGGCUUGCUGAAUCAGCAUAUGGAUUACUUCAUUGAAUUUCUCGGCCCGAGCUCUUGUGAUUGGUCCACUUGGCAGGUGGAGUGGAUCCUUAGCAGGUUCAUGUGUUCCUUGUUUACGUAGCUCUUCUGUUGGAUCACGUAGCCCCUCCGUUGGAUUACGUUGCUCUGCCCUUGGAUUACUUGAGUCAUUUCUGGGUUUACUUGGCUGCUCCGCAACAUGUUGGUUACUUGAUCCUUCGCUUUGUUUACUUGGGAGCCCAAUACUUAUUGGUUGGGAAAAUUACCUUCAAAGGAAAAUGCUCCUCCCACUGGACCGAAAAACCCAUAUAUUCCCAUGGGAAUGGGUGGUGCUGAACAAGCAGGCAGGCCCAACGUUGUUUAUCUUUACUGCAAUCCUGGUUAGGUAAAAGGAAUUCCGCAGCAGCGGGUACGUGAUUAGUUACAACCAACGGAAAGACUUAUUGAAAUAAUAGGGAAUUUCCUCAUCCAGUCUACUCCUAGGACUACAUCAUAUGCUCCCAACUCCAUGGCCAACAAAUCAAACUUCAAUCGAUAUCCUUGCAUCUCCCACUGUACACCAGAACACAUCCCAUACAAUCGGCCCGAAGAGCAUCAAUGAGCAGGCCUACUAAAUAGGCAUAGAGAUACAUUAGCCGAGUUUGCUUACAACAACUGCUAUCACUCUAGCAUCGGAAUGGCACCUUUCGAAGCACUCUACGGGAACCUUUGUCGUACCCCGAUUUGUUGGGGUUGGCACGUACCGACCGACGGGGCCACAGAAGAUGAAGGAGAGUGCCGAGAAGAUUCCACUUAUUCUAGAUUAAAAGCAGUUCAGGACCAGGUACGCCGACCACGAUAUUUGGAGUUUGCAGUAGGUGAUCAUGCUUGACUUCGGCUUGAACCUACAAAGGGUGUGAUGCGUUUUUGAGUGAAGGAUUAGGUAUAGCUGACCGAUACAUCGGACCUUUCUUGGCCCAUAUCCCCCUAGCCCUUACUCCCUUGUUUCGGUGGUUGGUCUCUACCUUUUUCUGUCUCUUGGCUAGUUUGUCUUCCUCUUCUUUUUGAGGGUAACGUAGUCAAAAUCCUUUAUUUCAGGGGAUUUCCCUUUUCUUUCCAAAUGAAUUUAUGCUUAGUCUAAAAUUGGUAAAUACCAAAUAAUAAUAUAUAUAUUAUUAUUAUUAUUUGAAAUAUGUACCAGUUUCCUGAAACUAACAAAUAGAGUUAUAGCUUUGAUUGACUUACUAGCUUACGGGAACGCUUUGAAUCUCAACUUACUUUGAACGAGUGCUUCCCACAUAGAUUGCUGGAAAGAGGAGUGAGCCGGGGCAGAACUUGAAGCACGGGAGAAGGAAAAAGAAGUAUACAAGGGGUGCGUAGUUGGUAUAUGUACGGUAUAGACCUUUCUUUGUGAAUAGCUAGUUCAGUUACAAGGGUGUAUACAAAGGUCUGCUUAUAGGUUGAAAAAGCCUGUAGAGAUAGCCUAGAUAGCCAAGAAGAUAUACGUAUUUCAUAGAGCUAGCUAAUAAAGCUUUUGUUAACUUCAAAUAGGCUAUUGAAUGCAACGGCAAAUAAAGAAGAAGAAAGUGCCAGAGCUAAGAGCUAAUAUAUUCCCAGUCUAUGCAUGGAUAAAGGAAUGAUAAGAGCUAUGAGCAGUUUAUUAAACUACACUACGGCUAAUAUAUAUAAGGACAAAUCAACUAGAAAAAACCGUUGCCAAAGAAACCAUUUGUUUAAGCUUAUUCGUUCGCGCUAGGCUAAAAAACUAGAUAGAAGAACUAGAGGCCGCCAAGGUCUUCAACCAUUAGCAGGUAGGAUCCUUUGCUUACUACUUGAAGCAGAAACCUAGAAGAGGAAUUCUUUCUAUUCCAAAAUCCAUCUUCUUUCCGGUCCGCUUCAUUCAUUCCCUUACUAAUAAAUCCAAUUCAUCGCUAAUGGCGAAACCAGCCUGUAUGUACACCGCACAACUAACCGUUGCUUGGUAGGUUCGAUCAGCUCUUCUCACCUUUCCGUCGACAUCUACUAAGGCUUCAGCUUAAGUGGGUUCAGCCGCCCCAAAUCUGACUCGAUCCAGGGUUAUAUAUCAUAAAGGGCUUCGACAAGGGGUUUGAUUCGUUCUUUGAGCAAAAAGAUAAGGUCGGAAUACCGGAGUUCUUUCUUUGCUUCCAAGAACAUAGAUUCCUUCUUCAACCCAGGUCAUGACCGAGGGCGGGUAUCUCACUCGCAUAUCUAGAGCCCAGCAUCUCUCCUGAACGACACCUUCUGCAGACUCUACUGGUGGUAUUUCCCGAGGCGAGGGUCAAUAUGUGCAUUCAUAUCGGUCAGGAAACGACAAUGACUCUUCUUCUUUCCGGGAAGCUAUGGGCACCUCACAAUUCUUAUACGACAUUAGUGGAAGCGAACAUUCGUAGCAUUCAUUGUCACCGAUCAUUGACAAAAGAAGAAAAAGAAGCCGUACGACAACUUAAGGAAUCUUUAGAUUUGGCGGCUAUAGACUCAAAGGGCACAGACAGGCUGCUGGUACUUUUUUUUAGCUAACUAAAGUCCAACUUCCUUUGCCGAAAGAGGAUGAAACGGAUCAGCCGAUUCAACUUAGCAUUACCCGACUCGUAACUUCAAGCACAACCAUCCAUCUCAAUCCAAAAUCUCCGAUCGUCUGUGAUCCAAACCCAAACUCUCCUCCGGUUUUGGAUAUAUAGACAGUGCCUGCUCUCAAACCAACCAAGACAGCAGCAAGUUCCUAUCGAGAACAAGACGACAGAUCAAUAUGACCAAUUUCUAUAAUAUCUCGGGUGAAUACGUGAAAAAGUGUUGCUUAGCUCAGUGAAAUGGAAUAAGGAAGAGAAAGUGUAGUGUGAUAAGGGAAGAUGCAAGUCAAUUUUGAGGUUUUCAAGCAAGGGCUGAGAUAGAUAUACAAACCAGAAGAAUUCACAUCAGAACCCUUUCCUGCUUCCCCUUUUUACCCAUCGGACUCGACUCACAUUUUGAUCUCCUACGCUUGCUUUCACAGUCCCCCUACGAGCAGCCCGGAAUCAAUGAAGGAGUUCAUUCAGCACCGAGCCGAGCGAGCGUAGAUUCAAUAUGUUGAUUGUACCGAACGAAGGAUUUGCCUUAUCACGAAAGCCACAUUCGUUUCGUUUGAGGAAGUCACACGUCCUGUUCCCUAUAAAUAAGGAGAUUCAUUCUUUUUUUUCAGAAAUCCCCUCUUCUUCCUCCUCAAGCCCCUAUCACAAGACCAAGCGGAUCUCAUCCUGCAGAAGACUCAGAGCGGAUCUAUCUAAUGGCAUGGCUGGCUGUCGGAUGUGAUCUAUUCUCGUGUCACAUCGCUUUCUUUCUUCUCCCUCCAUUUUCUUCACUACUACCGCUUCUACACAUAAAUCAAAGAAGCAUUGUGGAAUAGUGGCAUUUCGUUAAUGGCUAAAAUGUUCUUAGUGAAAGGGUUGCCGCAAAACCGGCAAACUCAGAGCGGUCUCUGAAAGUGAAUAGGAGCAUAGCGGCAUCAUCCAAGCCAAACACGUCUCCUCAGUCAAGGGUCUUCUCGCGCAAAUAAGAUCAAAAACAUAACAACUGAUUUCGCUUAAUGCAUGUCACCCGCCCGCUCUCAAUACAGCAAGUGACUCUCUCUCACAAGACAGAGAAAGAUUACCGAUUCAUCCAAUCCAAUUUGAUCAGAAGUGAGUUCAUUGUUGUUGUAUAGCGAAACCUUUCCUUGACAAAACCAUUCUCAGCUAAUAGAAGCCGAGCUAUCUAUCCAGAUCAGGGUUGAACGAAGCGAAUGGAAAAGCCAAAGAAAACUUAAAUCCAUUGCGAUUAGAAACCAGUGACUCUACAGCCAGGGCUCGAUGGCGAUGUAAGAUAGAAAGAAUGGGGAGUUAGGGCUUCGGUUUCCUCUGUAGCCAGUUUCAAUUCCAAAUCAUUUGCCGACAUGCGGACUCACUUCUCUUUUAUGGGAUGACUUUUAUUAUCCAAGUUGUCUAUUUACGUGGGUGAAUCAAGUACAACAAGUCAGGUCAGAGCUUGUGGUAGAAGAUUGGGCUCUGCUACGCAGAUCCACUCAACUAGGAAAGAAGUACGCAUUGCUGACUGACUGUUUGAACGAUCCUAGUUACUAGUAGCUAAUCAAGUCAGAGUAGGGUGGCCGAGAAGCUUCUUGCCGGUGCCCCCAAAAGCAAAGCACAGACUCUACUCACCCACGCGUUUUCCACCUACGGAGGGAGAAAUCAUCGAAAUAUCCUCAUCCCCUGAAAGGGAACCCGAAAACAGGACGAGAGUGGAUAGGGUGACUAAGGAGGCCGUAAAAAUUAGUAGUGCAUUUUUGAAAGAUAAGAUUACAAAAAGGCGAGAGCAGCAUAAUUGUUAGUUAGGGGUAAGAGGGGACGGGCCCGUAUAGAAAGUCAAUCCUUCUUUUUCCGAUAUGCCGCUCCGCAAGCAAGGAGUGCCACGCACGAGCGGAGCGAAAACUAAGCAAGGGGAAUUCCGUCAUUCCAUGGAAAGCAUGCGAAAUCCUUUGAUUGUUUAUAGAAUCAAAAUAACUAUAUAGUCUUUCUUGUUCCACUUGCAAGGCAAGGAAAAUAAAAUGUCAGUUUCGUUAUUACAACCUUAUUUUUUUAUGUCAAAGACAAAAAGCUACGCGCAAAUUCUCAUUGGAUCUCGGUUGUUCUUAACAGCGAUGGCUAUUCAUUUAAGUCUUCGGGUAGCACCACCAGAUCUUCAACAAGGUGGAAAUUCUCGUAUUUCGUAUGUACAUGUUCCUGCGGCUCGGAUGAGUAUAGUUAUUUAUAUCGCGACAGCUAUAAACAGUUCCUUGUUCCCAUUAACAAAACAUCCCCUUUUUCUUCGCUCUUCCGGAACCGGUACAGAAAUUGGUGCUUUUUCUACUUUGUUUACGUUAGUGACUGGGGGGUUUCGGGGAAGGCCUAUGUGGGGUACCUUUCGGGUGUGGGAUGCUCGUUUAACUUCUGUAUUCAUCUUGUUCCUUAUUUACCUGGGUGCACUGCGUUUUCAAAAGCUUCCUGUCGAACCGGCUCCUAUUUCAAUCCGUGCUGGACCGAUCGAUAUACCAAUAAUAAAGUCUCCAGUCAACUGGUGGAAUACAUCGCAUCAACCUGGGAGCAUUAGCCGAUCUGGUACAUCAAUACAUGUUCCUAUGCCCAUUCCAAUCUUGUCUAACUUUGCUAACUUCCCCUUCUCUACCCGUAUCUUGUUCGUUCUGGAAACACGUCUUCCUAUUCCAUCUUUUCCCGAAUCUCCCUUAACGGAAGAAAUAGAAGCUCGAGAAGGAAUACCACUAAAAACCUAGUUCGCUCUCAAAUAAAAACCUAGUUCACUCGCUAAAGCAUCCAUGGCUGAAUGGUGAAAGCGCCCACCAACCUAGAAAGGCAAAAUGGGUCAAAAAGUAGGUUCGAUUCCUGCCGGAUGCACUGCCUCUUAAAGACAGAAACAGAGGAGGGAAAGAAGGUAGUAUAGGGAACUUGCUUUUGGAUUCUUAUCGAAAGUGAAUCCCUCUAACACUUCUGUUAGUGUUUUAUGAGAAAAUCUUUUAUAGACACAACAAGUGUGAAAAUCCUUAGUCACUAGGCAAGAAAGCUCGAUGGGAACAAAAAGGAUACAAUUAGUUCAUAAUCAAAAAAAUGUACAAUUUCAAAGGAAAGAAGGAAUGGCAAGUUUCCCUCCAUUGAACAUCAAUCAAUCUAGAAAUAG